CUACGUUCCCACCGCUGCGUUCAGACGGUUGCCGAAAGCCGAGGCUAGGUGGAAAAUGUUAGCACAGGUUUGAGGGUUUUCGUGGAGAUUUUCACCGGAGAAAAAAACCCCCAAACAACAACCGUGUGUUUUGUAAUGUCAAGCGCAGACGUCGACGCGCUGGAAACCACCGUGUUCUCGGGGUUGUCUUCGGAACACUGGACCGGAGGUUUAACGGAAUUCGCUCGUUUCGCUAGUUUUUGAACAAGCCGUGUCUGUCGGAAGCUAGCUGCAGCUCAUUGAGAAAUCAGAAGGCACUGGGAAGAGGCGCAAAGAAAAAUUUUCAUACUCGAUGACAUUACAUCGCAAUGUCCGAUCGUUUGGGGCAAAUAACCAAGUCCAAGGAUGGGAAAAGCAAGUAUUCCUCACUCAGCCUAUUUGACAAGUACAAGGGAAAAUCAAUAGAAACUCAGAAAAACGCAGUUCCGCGACAUGGCUUGCAGAGUCUUGGCAAAGUGGCCACUGCCCGGCGCAUGCCCCCACCAGCUCACCUGCCGAGCUUGAAGUCUGAAAACAAAGGUAACGAUCCCAACGUGAUUAUUGUGCCCAAAGACGGUACAGGAUGGGCGAACAAGCAGGAACAACCCGAUCAAAAGAGUUCUAUUGCAUCAACAACACAGCUGCCGGAGUCGCAGUCACAGCUGGCUUCACAGAAAGCUGUCUCCAAUCUUCAGAAGCCCUCACCGGUAGCCAACCAGGAGAACACAAACACAGGUGGACCAAAGCAAUGGGCCCAGCUAAAUGGAAAGGCAGUAGAGCUAGAUGGUUUAAGGGCCUCAAACCGACUUCAGCCCUUCUCUCACGAGGAAUUUCCCACGCUGAAGGCAGCUGGAGAACAGGACAGGGUUGGCAAGGAAAGAAGCGGCUUCGAUCCGUCGUAUGGGCCAGGACCAAGCCUCCGCCCCCAGAAUGUGACAAGCUGGAGGGAAGGUGGUGGCAGGAACCUUCAGCCCUCGUCCCUGACCCUCGGCCUGCCUGCAGAUCCUGAGGGUAAGCUCACUGCCCUGGGUGAGACUGGCACCCCUCCUGCCCCGUCCCAUCCCCCCUCUACCGCCGUCACCACCUCUUCAAGUGUAGUGACCGCUCCGUCACCAGUCCUCGACCCCAAGGAGCCUUCCCUACGACCCGCCCAGCCUGUCCGCAGAACAACCGUCCCUACUGCCCUGCAGUACCAGCUUCAACACACUUCAACUGCUGUCUACCAUGACAUGUUGCCCGCAUUUAUGUGCUCUAAAGAGACACGUGAAGCCCCAGGUACAGAACCUGCCCCUACCAUCGUAGCAGCCCCAGCCCGAUUUGAAAGCAAACCCACUUUUAGACAGGGCUUUGCCAAACCUGAACUUGUCAACGGUGAUGUGAGAAGAGAGAACCGCUUUCUGCGUGGGCCACCUCGACUCUCUACUCAGCCCAUCCGCAGGCCUAGUGACAGAACACAGCGCCCAGCCAUCAUCAAUCCAGAGGAUCUGAAGGAUCUGGAUGAGCUUGACAAUGACUGUGAGGACGGAUGGGCUGGACUCCACGAGGAAGUUGACUACAGCGAGAAACUCAAGUUUAGUGAUGAUGAAGAUGAACACUCGGCCAACGAUAAGAAAAAGAUGUGGACUGAAUGGGAGAGAGAGAGGGAGCUCCUGCGUGAUUGCCACUCCUCUCUUAGUCCAGGUGAGGCUUACCCCCAGGAGGGCCCAGAGGAGAACUACUCCUACCAACAUCACCAUCACGAGCCUCCCAGGAAGACUAACGGCAGAUAUCUCUCAACGGACGCACAGACCCCGCAGAAAAUCCAAGGCGAGCCACUGGCUGACCAGGAAGAUCACCAGCGCCAGUCUCAGACCCCGGCUCCUGCUAGGGCAAAGUAUGUGUCACCUGAGCUGUCGGAGGCCGUUGAGAGAGCCCGCAGACGUCGGGAGGAGGAGGAGAGGCGUGCCCGCGAGGAACGACUGGCUGCCUGUGCUGAAAAACUCAAAAGGCUGGAUGAGAAGUUUGGGAAGAUAGAAAGGCAGUUGUCAAGGCCAGAGGAUGGCCAGAAAGAGGGAGAUGGCAAAGAAGUCCUGCUGUCCCCAAGCAGGGAACAAAGUAAAGGCCUCCACGAGAACUUGCAAUACAGCACAAAAGAUGGAACUGAGUGUCUCCCAGACAACUCUCCAGGCCAUAGUUACCGUGAGGAACCUGGCUUCCCUACCUACCACGGCAGUGAGGAUGAUGGACAGGACCCCCCCUCCCCCUCAGGAGAAUACAACGGACGUCAUACCUCCAAACCCAUCCCACCCCGCUUUCAAAAGCAGCCACAGCACCAGCAGCAGCAGCAGCAGCAGCAACAACAACAGCAACAACAGCAACAACAACAGCAACAACAGCAACAACAGCAGCAACAGCAGCAGCAGCAGCAACAACAGCAGCAGCAGCAGCAGCAGCAACAACAGGAUCAAGUAUAUAAGAUGCAGCAUUGGCAGCAGUCGGGUCACCCUGCUUCAUCUAGCUCAAGCCACGGACAGCGGGGCUACUAUCCCCCACAUGUCCUCGGGUUUGACCCCCGCUGGAUGAUGAUGCCGCCUUUCAUGGAUCCCCGCAUGACCCAAGGACGAUCGCCUGUGGACUACUACCCUGGCGCUGUCCAUUCUACAGGAAUGAUGAAACCCAUGAUGCAUCAAGACCACUUGAACAGUCCUGGAUCUGACGAGGGAUGUCAUUCCAACCUGCACCAGGAGCGAAGAGCCCCCUCCACAGAGCCUUACCCUAUGUGGAACCAAGAUGGCUACCCCUUGCGCAGCUUCACCCCGCCUUACCAGAGACAGCAUGAAGUCUCAGACAGUGGUCAGCCAGAUGACAGAAGUGAUAUGGCCAGCUCCCAACAGGACUUCUACGAAGAAAGGGCCACUGAGUGCUUGACCCACCCUCAAGAUGAUCUCCCCCGCCAUGCCUUCCAGAGCCGAGGCACAGAUAGAGCACAUCAUGACCAAGGCUUGCUGACCACAUCUCAGAGCCAUCCCCAGAAGCACGCAGAUAAUGAAUACCCGAAACAAGACUCUCGAGACAAACAUCUGAAAGAUGGCCCGGAAUCUCACGAUGAAACCCUAGAUGACAAGGACAAUUGGAAAAGAGAUGGGGGCCAGAAACAAGAUGGAGGAUUUAACAGCGCUCAAAGUCAGUGGUCUGAAUCCAAUUCCAGUAGUAGUGUCAGCCAGCCAUCUGAGACCAGUGGGCGUACCUUGAUACGCAGAACUGGGCCCAUCAAGAAGCCAGUUCUCAAAGCACUCAAAGUGGAAGACAAAGAGAAUGAGAAGCCUAAACCUGAGCCGGAGGAGAAGCCUGUCCCCUACCGCCUGGAGAAAGAAGUCCUUACAAAUGUUUAUGACUUGAAGAAAGAUAGCCAGCCUGUCAGCACCAGGCGUGCAGCUUCACCUGUUGUGGAGAAACAACCUGAAGAGAGGCAGCGUCAGUCCCCAGCUCCCACCAAAACAGAAAGGCCUUUGAGCGCACACAGCGACGAUUCUCCCAAGGAGAGCACCUGGGACACUGCCAAGAGCUACUCGACUAGAGAUAGCCAAGAAAACCGGGACCCCCAGGCACCACGGCGCAAUAACUGGAUCUUCAUUGAUGAAGAACAGGCCUUUGGUGCGGUCAGGGGAACCGGUAGAGGCCGCAGUCGAGGUUUUAGGGAAUUUGGCUCUCGAGGUGGAACCCGUGGUGGCAGAGGUGGGGACAAUCUCAGAGGAGCUUAUAACAAUAAUAACAGCAGCGGAAUUGCUGCUCAACGGACAGGCAGAGGCCGAGCAACGCCUAGGGACCUCGUCAAGGUGGAGGAGUUCCAGCGGGGCAAACCCCGGAGGAGAAAUGUCAGUGAGACCUUGAGUGAAAACUCUGAGUAUGAGGAGCUGCCCAAGAGGCGACGCCAGAAGGGAUCUGAAAAUGGAGAAGGUUACACAGAGUCUGGAGAAGUCCGUAAAGCAGAUCGAGACUCUUGGAGAUCAAACAAAGUGUAUGCAGAUGACCAAACGGCCACAGAUUACAAAGAUAAGACCAGGGCCAGCAGGGGCUUUGGAGGUCGCACGUUGCCCCCCAGACUGAAUACCACUGGAAGUUACAGUCGAGGCUUCGGAGGCUCCAGGGAAAUUUCUACGUGGAGGGGCCGUGGGCCCCAGUUUGGUAAUAAUGGUGGCUCAAUGCAAGAGAAUGGCUAUAGUCCUGGAGCUGAGACUGUCUAUUCCCGCAGACUCCCUGUUGAGCGUGAGUCUCUUAAGUACAACCCCAAAUUUACUGGCUCUUUAAUGGAAAAUGGCACAGAGGACCGCGAAGGAGAGUACUACUUUGACAACGACAACCCGGACAGGCAGAUGUUAAGGAGACGGCGUCCACCUCGACAAGACAAGCCUCCACGUUUCCGUCGUCUACAACAAGAACGCGAGCCUGGCUCAAACCAGUGGACAAGCGAUGAGCAGGUAAAUGGAGACAUUGCAAACCCCUGGCCUGGUCGCCCCAAAGGCAGCGGGGAAGAAAACUGGCCCAGUGGCCACUACUCUGGUGGGCGACCUAGCCUGCACGGCCAGGUGGAAGAAUGGGAGACGGGAUCUGACAACAGUGACUUUGGUGACUGGAGAGAGAAGCGAGGCGGAAGCGGAGGUGCCCCCCCACAGGGACAUGGUGACAUUCCCUCUGACUCUGGCCACGGUGAACCGGGCUCUGUUGAGAAAAGGGAGCUUUCCAAGAGAAGUUUCUCCAGCCAGAGACCAUUGGUGGAACGGCAGAACAGGAAAGGAGAGCCAUCGCUGCUCGAAGCGAGCAAGAUGUCACGUACACACGAUAGUCUCCCCGCCUCCUCCUCUAACAGGAGCGAUAGUUGGCAGAAUGGAGGGACUUCUUGUAAGAGCAGGAGCCCAGAUGACUUGGGCCCAGUCUACAGCAUCGAGCAUCCGGAGGAGAGGGAGCCCGGUGAGUCCUCAGGGAAGGAAUUAGACAAGGAGCUAAAGUCAGGACCUGUCAAGACAGAUAUGGCUGAACCUCGGUCCCAGUAUGAACUCAGCAGCUACCCAAUUGAGGCAGACGCAGGGGGACCAGUUUCUAACCCAGAUGGAUACCAGGAUGCCUUGUCCAAGAAGCAAAGGCGUCCACAGGAAGAUGACAGGAGGAGGAAGGAUCAGGGAGCUGCUGUGCAAGUGAAGAACAGGUCAAUAGCAUCCAAGAUCCCACCACGCUUUGCCAAAAAGCAGGGAAGCAUGAGCAUCGAUCAACCGGAGGAGGCACUUUCCUCCAACAACCUGGGAACUGAAAUCUGGGAGACUAACAGCUCAGCUCUUUCAGUACAGUCUUCAGCGGGAGACUCCUGGACUAAACAGGUGUCGUACACUGGGAGCGAGCCUAACUCUGAGGACUCUGAUGCCGGUCCUGAGCAGAGUAAAGAACAGCACAAGCCGGGGCCCAUCGGAAAUGAACGCUCCCUGAAGCACCGCAAGGGUUCAGAAGGUGUCGACAGGCUGGAGGGCGGCCCCAUCACGCCGGUCAACGGUGUGGACCUGCACGUGGACACUGUGCUGCCCGUGCCUCCUAUUGAGUUUGGUGUCAGUGCCAAAGACUCUGAUUUCAGCCUGCCACCUGGAUCCACCCCAGUGCCCGUGUCCAACCCCGUCAACAAGCUUCAGGAUGCACUCAACACCAACACGACUCUCAACCAGAGUAUCCCCAUGCUGCGCUCCAACCACCUGCAGCCUGCCAUUAACCUUAACCCCCUCUCCUUCCCCAGCACUGAUCUCACUCUCAAGAUGGAAUCGGCACGUAAGGCGUGGGAGAACUCCCAGUCUCUCCCCGAGCAGGGCUCACCCGGUGGAGGGGUUUCGGGAGCUCAGCCUCCCUGCAGCGUUGGCUCAUCCAGUGGUGUCAGCUACAGUUCUUUUGGAGUGUCCAUGCCUCCGAUGCCGGUGGCAUCAGUAGCACCCUCCAUGUCCAUGCAAGGUAAUCACAUCACCCCAUUGUAUCUGGACGGUCAUGUCUUUCAAAGCCAGCCACGCCUUGUACCUCCCACCAUGACCCAGCAGCAGACGUACCAACAGGCGGCCGCAGCCCAGCAGAUUCCCAUCUCUCUUCACACGUCUCUUCAGGCUCAGGCUCAGUUGGGACUUCGUGGUGGUCUACCUGUGUCUCAGUCUCAAGAGAUGUUCAACUCAAUUCCCCCCUUCAGGUCCCAGGUCUACAUGCACCCCAACCUGUCCCAGCCCAGCCCCAUGGUGUUGUCGGGCGGAGGCCCUCUCAAGGGGCCCUACUCGGCUUUCCCUGGCAUGCAGCCCUCAGACAUGGUCAAGCAACAGUCGGGUUCACACUACCAGCCAAUGAAUGGCAGCCAGCAGCUAGUCUAUGACAGCCAGAUGAACCAGGGGCCAGGAAUGGGUUCUUCCCAGUUAAUGGACUCUCAGCUCAUCCAGGUGACCAUGCCCCUUCCUGGCUCUCAGCUUCGCUACGGCUCAGCUCAGCAGCAUCUCAUCCUCCCACAGUCCAUCCAGCUGCAGCAGGGACAGAACCUGUCGGUGGGAGCCCCGCGACGAAUGAUGCCGCCUGGCUCCCAGCCUGGGGUCAUGACCGGCAGUCGAGAGGGCUCGCAGAUGGAAAUGAAAGGCUUCCAGUUCUCUGACAAGCCCAACCACUCCCCAGGCUUAUCUGGAGGUUCCUACAGGCCUGGGUCUGCCAGCCCCAGCGGGAAGCCCUCUGGACCCCCCAUGCCAACACAUUAUACCCAGCAGAUGCCACCUGCUCAGGGCAGCAUGGUGAUGCACAUGCGGCCCCCCACCACAGGCCCCUUCCCCAACCCCAUCCAGAGACCAGUAAUGCAGGUUAACAAGCCUGUAAUCGUCCGCCCCCCCCCUUACCCUAAUCCUGGUUCCCACUCCGCCCCUCCUUCGGCCCCCGAGCCCCCUGUCAAAGGGCCAGAGGAUGGCAUGAAGAAUAAAACCAUACGAGAUGUGCGCAAGGCAGUGGGCGAGGGCAAGACAACAUCCGGGGGCAUGACCAGCAAACUCCAGGAGCCCUUAGCCUCCAUGGGACAAGCCAAACCAGCCCGCACUGGAGCCAUCAAACCCCAGGCUGUCAAAGUAGAGGAGGGCAAGGCAUAACAAUGGACCUGAAAGUCCUCAUCACCACCCACCCAGCCUGCCGACACAAAGCCCCUCGACCAAUGUCUGAGCCCUCUGGGGAACCACCUUAUCCUGAGGCACCACGGCAAGGGGCAAACACGCAGACAACAUGAUGAAUUACCCCCCACUUGAACUGUCAGAACUGGACAUUAUUAUUUCACCCCACGUAUAGAGAUAUAUAAAUAUAUUAUAAAUAUAUACAUAGACGCAAACAGUCUUUUAAGCAGAUCUCUUCAAGGUCCUCUUUAAUUUAUUAUUAGUCACUUUUGAGGGGAGAUUGGUAAAGAUGCGGAAUUUCAGUUUUUUGUGUUUCUCCUUGAAGCAGGGAAAAGGAAAGUGGCCAACUCAGACAGAUUUUCAUCAGAUCAUUUUUUUCACACCAUUUUGCCAAACUGUAUUUACUCCCUGUUAAUGGACUGUAGCCCCCGAGACGAGACAAACUCCCUAUGAGGAGCAUCUGUUAGAAAACAUUUUUUAAACUAAUUUGAAAUGCAGUUGGGCACCAGUUUUUCCUUUUUGCUGGUAGAUAAAGGUUCAAGUCGUCACCCGUUCAUCCUAUUGGUAAAGGACUUAUUUUACUAACCCACAAAAAAAAAUCCCAACUCCCAAUUUGUGGACAUCAUUGCAUGUCAACAUGGCAAAAGCCGAUGCGUCAGCCUAGAACAGCAUCACCCAGGGCUCCUCACCCAGCCCACGAACUGCGGCAAAACUGCUUAGACUGGUAGAAAUAAUUUCUCUUCUUCGUUCUUUGCUUUGACAUUCUGUUGCUUGCUCUCUCUCUUCUGUCUAUAAAUUGAAACAAAAAGGUGGACGUUGUACCAAAAUCAUGUUGCUUCCACGGGAACUUCACUGGCGUUGAUACAGCGUGUGCAUGUGAUGUGCUGAAUGUGUGUAAACUCGCGGGACUCUCACCUAGAAGCUAGCAACAUUUCACAAAGACUGUACCUGAACUCGGCAUUCAUUACGCUGCCAUCGACUGUAUGGAUUUUAAAAAAAAAACAACAAGCUGGCAACAAUUUUUCGGGCUCUUUGUGACGUUUUGUGUGCGUGGUGGGGAGGGGCUGCAUUCUCAGUUGCUGUAGAGGACCCCCCCCCCCCCCCCCCCCUAAAAAAUUGCUGAUUGAAAUGUUUGCUUUCUUAUCUUUUUGUUUGGGUUCUAAUGAAUCAAAUUGUCCGUUUAUGAACAUGUGAUAUAAGUGAUUAUUUUUACAUCCCUCAACCUGGGGCAAUAUGCUUUUUUGUUCUUUCUUUUUUCUCUUGUUAAGGCUCCUGAAACACUGCUCACUGAUUCUGUUCAAAUCCCACUGAAGUCAUGGGAACUGUAAAGAAAGCGACUCAUCCCAUUUGAUUAUUCAGCAUCUGGUCUCUGAGGUGGCACUAGCAAUAAAUGCAGCCUAACUAUAAUCAGGGUCCAAAUAACUUCUUCUUUUCUUUUUCCUGUUAGUUGCUAAUGAUCACAAACGAGGGGCGUUUUGCAUUGCUUGCUGAAUUAAAAUAAGAUUCUUGCUUAAGCUUUUUUUUUUUUGUUGUGCGCACUGCAGUUCCAGUGGACUACGAAGGACUUUUAAAGUGUUCUAUUUGAAAAUGUGAAGCUGUUGGAAUCUUCCUUUACUUUUGUUUUUGUUUUUUGUAAUGGGACAUUUAUUCUGAAACUCAAAACGCCAAUGUCAUAACUAGUUCAAUGUUACUGCUUAUUAUAAUGCUCCAUGACACUACAAAACGUGGCGAUUUAUCUUAAUGUUUCACUGGUAUAUAUGUAUAUGCAUACUUAACUGUACAGUCGAGCCUCGUCAGCGAAGGGAGGCUUAAACCCACAUUUCAUUUUUAGAUAUUAUGGCACUAUAAUGGAUUUAACUUUGAAAAAGGUCAUCGUGUUCUCAGAAUGGACUGCGCUCACUUGUUGUUAGGUUUAUCAGGCUUGGAGUGUUUUCGCCUCUUUAUCCCUUAUUGCAAAAAAGAUCUUGAUGCUUCUCAUCAUCGCACCUGCACCGAAAUGUUGCCCAGACUUACUUCUUUUUUGUACUUUUAAGAUGCAUAUUUCAUUCUGUCAGAGGACCAGUGCUUUCUACAGCUGAUCCAGCAUUCUAUUUAUCCUAUCUGAUCUUUAUCCUUUUCAGAUAUUUGGUCAAUACUCUCCCUUGUUUAAAAAAAAAAAUAAGAAAAAAAGAGCUUAUUGAAAGAAAAGAAAUAAAGCAGUUGUGAUUUCUUAAAUGUACUGUUGAUUCUGUACUCUCACUUUGUCAUAUUAAAAUCAUGCAUCAAAUGUU